GCCCUCCGCGCGCGCGCGCGUGCGCCCCCUGCAGCCAUGUCCAAGGAGGAGCCCCCCUCCGAGCGGGAGGCGAUCAUGGAGUCCCAGGUGAUGUGGGAGCCCGACAGCAAGAGGAACACGCAGAUGGACCGCUUCCGGGAGGCCGCCGGCGCCGCCUGCGGACGCAGCCUCGCUAAUUACAAUGAAUUAUAUCAGUGGUCGGUGGAGUCAUAUGCUGAUUUCUGGACCGAGUUCUGGAAGUUCAGUGGAAUUGUUUUCUCAUGCUGUUAUGAUGAGGUUGUUGACCUGUCCAAGGGAGUAGCUGAUGUGCCGGAGUGGUUCAAAGGGAGUCGUCUCAACUAUGCAGAAAAUCUCCUGAAACAUAAAGAAAAUGACAAAAUUGCCAUUUAUUCUGCAAGGGAGGACAAAGAGGAAAUUGUCAAAGUGACUUUUGAAGAGUUAAGACAACGUGUGGCUUUGUAUGCUGCGGCCAUGAGGAAAAUGGGAGUGGAAGUCGGAGACAGGGUAGUUGGCUAUUUGCCGAACAGCGUGCACGGCGUGGAAGCGAUGCUGGCCACAGCGAGCGUUGGUGCCAUUUGGAGUUCAACGUCCCCCGACUUUGGCGUGAACGGCGUUCUGGACAGAUUUUCCCAGAUUCAGCCAAAGCUCAUCUUCUCGGUGGAAGCCGUGGUGUAUAAUGGCAAAGAACAUAACCACAUGGAAAAGCUUCAACGUGUUGUCAAAGGGUUGCCGGACUUGAAAAAGGUGGUGGUGAUUCCAUAUGUCAGCCCCAGAGAGACGAUCGACAUUUCCAAGAUUCCCAACAGUGUUUUCCUUGAAGACUUCCUUAUGACUGGAAAAGGAGACCAAGCCCCCCAGCUGGAGUUUGAGCAGCUGCCAUUCAGCCACCCUCUGUUCAUUAUGUUUUCGUCGGGCACAACAGGAGCUCCCAAAUGUAUGGUCCAUUCGGCUGGGGGAACCCUAAUUCAGCAUCUGAAGGAGCACAUUCUUCACGGCAACAUGGCCAGCACUGACAUCAUCCUGUACUACACCACGAUUGGCUGGAUGAUGUGGAACUGGUUAGUGUCGUCACUUGCCACUGGAGCUUCGGUGGUACUGUACGAUGGGUCGCCCCUCGUCCCCUCCGCUAACGUACUCUGGGACUUGGUCGACCGUAUAGGGAUCACUAUUCUUGGAACGGGUGCCAAAUGGCUGGCUGUGUUGGAAGAGAGAAACUUGAAACCAGCGGAAACCAAUAAUCUUCAGACCUUGCACACGAUCCUGUCAACGGGGUCCCCGCUGAAAGCCCAAAGCUACGAGUACGUCUACAGGCACAUCAAGAACGGCGUCCUCCUAGGAUCCAUCUCAGGUGGCACCGACAUCAUCUCCUGCUUUAUGGGUCAGAAUGUCGCGAUCCCGGUGUACAAAGGAGAGAUCCAGGCCAGAAACCUCGGCAUGGCGGUGGAGGCCUGGAACGAGGAAGGAAAACCGGUCUGGGGAGAAAGCGGUGAGCUGGUAUGCACUAAACCAAUGCCCUGUCAACCCACCCACUUCUGGAAUGAUGAAAAUGGGAGCAAAUACAGGAAAGCUUAUUUCUCUAAAUAUCCAGGUGUGUGGGCCCAUGGUGACUACUGCAAGAUAAAUCCCAAGACUGGAGGAAUCCUUAUGCUUGGCCGAAGCGAUGGCACACUAAACCCAAAUGGAGUCAGGUUUGGCAGUUCUGAAAUCUAUAACAUUGUGGAGGCUUUUGAAGAAGUGGUGGACAGUCUCUGUGUCCCCCAGUACAACAAGGAUGGAGAGGAGCGGGUGAUCCUGUUUCUGAAGAUGGCCUUGGACCACACGUUCAGCCAGGAUCUGGUGAAGAGGAUCAGGGAUGCCAUCCGCGUGGGCCUCUCCGCCCGGCACGUUCCCAGCCUCAUCCUGGAAACCAAGGGCAUCCCGUAUACAAUUAAUGGCAAGAAAGUGGAAGUUGCCGUGAAGCAGGUUAUUGCAGGAAAGUCGGUGGAACAGCGCGGAGCUUUCUCAAACCCCGAGUCGCUGGACUUAUACCAAAAUAUUCCUGAGCUUCAGAAUUUCUGAAUGGGGCCAGUUUGCACAUCUGUCUGCUGCACAUGCCUGUACAUAGGGUUAUUGUAUGUUCCCAAAACUUUUAUUUAAAUACUGAGGGUUCUUUUAAAAUGAAAUUUUAAUGAAGUGCUUUAUAAAAGUCUCGGGGAAAAUCAUGUUUCUUUUAUCUGUAUAAUAUACCGAAUAUAUGAUCCUUUGGCAGCCUGGGAUAUGAUCCUGAUGUUCUGUGUGAAGGGGAACCAUUGGGUUUUGCUUUGAUUUCUGCAUAUUUUAAGUCUGUGUUCACAUGCAGGCCUAUUCAAUACAAAAAAUCCUUAGUUGUGUAUUGGGAGCUGCAUAUCUAUACACUCCAUCUUAAUACAAAUCUCUGUACAUUCAGCUCUGUGGGGAUGGAUGUGUGCUUAUGUGUAUUUGUGUGUAUGUAAUAUCUUUCCUAAUAUAGCUGGAUACUGCAGCCUGACAAACCAGUGCUACAAAAACCAGGAAAAAACUUUCCAGUUUACAGAAGGAUUCUACUGUUUAAUAGGAUUUUAAAAAGAUUACCUCUUAACAAAUUUUGAUUUUUUUAAAUGUCAUUAGUCUGAGUAAGGGUCAAGUGGGAAGUUUCCCUGGAGCCCAGAUCGGAGAUAGCGAGUACUCCUUCUGAAUGUUGUGCUUAGCCUUUGGAAUUGGUUGACUCCAUCACUUGUUCCAACUGGAUCCUGAGAGGCUCGGCCAGCCUGAAGCCUGAAAGACUCUUCAUGUCCUCGAAGAUUCAAUUUAUGACAUGACAUUCUUAUGUGUUCUGAGUAAGCUAAUUCUUGAUGAUUCAGUUUGUGACAUCAUUAUGGGUUCCAAGGAAGUGAAUUCUUGGGUUGGAUUUUCAUAUCGAAGUUAGAAUUAUGUCGUACGAGCACUUGUGAAGUGAGUCCCAAGUUGUAUAGUCAAACAGCCUGUAUAGUUGAUAUUUCACAAAUCCCAAAGUUAAUUUUUGUAUUGCUUUGUUUUUUUUUUAAAAGAAAACCACUAAAGCCAUGUUCCAAGUGAGAAAUGCCUUCUUUUGAGUCCUUUCCUUUUCCA